CCCUCUUGUUCAAUUUUCCUCGCCAAUCUUUCUUUCUUUGAAUUGAUCUCCCUCCUAGUUUGCUAAUCGCACACCAUUUUCACCUCGUUUCAUUUUCUUCCAUCACGAAAUUCGUCCAAGUUCCCUACCCCUGUCAUUCCUGGAGCGAGUUCGACCCCGGGAAGAGCUCCAGCCAUGGCUCUCAUGGCGGCCUUGGAAUCGGACCUUCGGGCUCUAUCGGCCGAAGCUCGUCGCCGUUACCCUGCCGUUAAAGAUGGGGCGGAGCAUGCAAUCAUAAAGCUCCGCAAUUUGUCUAGUCCUAGUGAAAUUGCAGAUAAUGAGGAUAUUCUACGAAUUUUUUUAAUGGCAUGUGAAGUGAAGACUGUAAAACUCAGUGUAAUUGGACUUUCCUGUCUGCAAAAGCUCAUAUCCCAUGAUGCAGUUGCACCAUCAGCUUUGAAGGACAUACUUUCAACAUUGAAAGAUCAUUCCGAGAUGGCAGAUGACAGUGUUCAACUUAGAACCCUGCAGACUCUGUUGAUAUUGUUUCAGUCACGUUUACACCCACAAAAUGAGGAAAAUAUGGCUCAAGCACUAUAUGUAUGUCUUCGGCUUCUUGAGAACAACCGUAGCUCUGAUAGCGUAAGAAACACUGCUGCCGCUACCUUCCGACAGGCAGUAGCAUUGGUGUUUGAUCAAGUAGUUGUUGCUGAGACUCUUCCUGUGGGGAAGUUUUCUUCCGGAGUUCAUCUUUCUCGAUCUAGUUCCGUUACUGUUGAUGUUAAUCGGAGUAUGAACCAUUCAGAGUCACCUGGAAAAGACUUAGAAUCUGAGAGAUCAUUAUUGAGGAAAGAGACCCUGACAGAUCCUGGAAAGAUUGGACUUCGCUUACUAGAAGACCUGACAGCUCUUGCUGCAGGUGGAUCUGCAAAUUGGCUGCAAGUUCAUUCACUUCAACGGAUAUUUGCACUUGAUAUACUUGAGUUCAUUCUAUCGACUUAUGUGGUUAUUUUCAAGACCCUGGUUCCUUUUGAACAGGUUUUGCGCCACCAGAUAUGUUCUCUUUUGAUGACUUCACUUCGUACUGAUGCAGAGCUUGAAGGAGAAGUUGGGGAACCUUCAUUUCGGCGGUUGGUUCUGCGAUCGGUUUCUCAUAUUAUUAGGUUGUACAGUACAGCACUUGUCACAGAGACAGAGGUUUUCAUUAGCAUGCUCGUGAAGGUUAUCUUUCUUGAUCUACCACUUUGGCAUCGCAUUCUUGUUCUUGAGAUCUUGCGGGGGUUCUGUGUGGAAGCAAGGACUUUGCGGAUCCUAUUCCAGAACUUCGAUAUGCACCCCAAGAACAUUAAUGUUGUGGAGAGUAUGGUUAAAGCACUCGCUCGAGUUGUUUCUAAUGUACAGGCUCAAGAAGCAAGCGAGGAGAGCUUGGCAGCUGUUGCAGGAAUGUUUAGUAGUAAAGCUAAAGGAGUUGAGUGGAGCCUUGAUAAUGAUGCAUCCAAUGCAGCUGUGGUGGUUGCUAGCGAAGCACAUCUAAUAACACUGGCAAUUGAAGGGCUCCUCGGUGUUGUUUUUACAGUGGCUACUCUGACAGAUGAAGCAGUAGACACUGGAGAGCUUGAAUCCCCUAAGUUUGAUCAUGAUCCUGCAUCCAAAUGCGCUGGUCAACUGGCAGUGCUAUGCCUCGCAAUGGUAGACUCAUUCUGGUUGACUAUUCUUGAUGCGUUGUCCCUUAUUUUAUCAAGGUCACAAGGAGAGGCUAUUGUCUUGGAAAUAUUGAAAGGUUACCAGGCAUUCACACAGGCAUGUGGGAUUCUUCAUGCUGUUGAGCCUCUGAACUCUUUUCUUGCAUCGCUUUGUAAAUUCACCAUCAAUGUCCCAAAUGAAGUAGAGAAGAGGAGUUUCUACGACUUUGCAUCCACUUCCAAGAUUUGGUUGCAUGAAAAUGUUAAAGUUCUGGACUAAAUGGUCAUUUCUACAGUGCAGCACAGUCUCCAGGGUCAAAACGUUCUGAGCAACUAGUUGAACAGAAGGACUCCAUAGUUCUUACUACCAAGAAUGUGCAGGCCUUGAGGACUCUCUUCAACGUUUCUCAUAGAUUGCACAAUUUUUUGGGGCCAUCAUGGGUUUUGGUUUUGGAAACUUUAGCUGCUCUAGACAGAGCAAUCCAUUCACCACAUGCUAGUACACAGGAGGUGUCCGCAGCUGUGCCCAAGCUUACAAGAGAAUCUUCUGGCCAAUAUAGUGAUUUCAGCAUUCUUUCUUCUUUGAAUUCUCAGCUGUUUGAGAGCUCAGCAAUGAUGCAUAUAGCUGCUGUUAAAUCACUACUUUCUGCACUGUGCCAAUUGUCAUAUCAAUGCAUGUCCACAGCAACAGUAUCGGGCAGCUUUGGACCAGGAAUCAGUCAAAAAAUAGGAACCAUUAGUUUUGCUGUCGAGAGGAUGCUAUCCAUCGUUUCCAACAAUGUUCACAGAGUUGGACCACUGUGGGGUCAGAUUGCUGGUCACUUCCUGGAGCUUGCUGAUACCCCUAAUCAACAUUUACGAGCCAUGGCACUUGAUGCAUUAGAUCGCUCAAUGACUGCAAUUUUAGGUUCUGAAAGCUUCCAUGAUUAUGUGUCAUCCAGAUCCAAUGGGCCACCAGAUAUGACGAGCAAUACAGAGCUGAAAACACUCGAGUGUUCCAUCAUAUCUCCCAUUAGGGUUCUCUAUUUUUCCUCUCAAAGCGUUGAUGUUCGUACUGGAUCGUUAAAGAUUCUUCUGAAUGUUUUGGAGAGACAUGGUGAAAAGUUAUACUACAGUUGGCCAGAUAUUUUAGAACUGCUGAGGCGCAUUGCUGAUUCACCAGAGAAAGAUCUUAUAUCCCUGGGCUUUAAGAGUCUCCGUGUUAUAAUGAAUGAUGCGAUUACCUCUAUACCUGUAGAGUGCCUUAACGUAUGCAUUGAUGUCAGUGGAGCAUACAGUGGACAGAAGACAGCGCUUAAUAUAAGUUUGACAGCAGUAGGCCUCUUGUGGACGACAGCUGAUUUUAUUGCUAAGGCAGUUCCAAAUAGGCCACCACAAGACAAGCAAACAAGUACUUUAGGCAUGCAUUCUGACCAGAAUCCUAUUAAGGGAAAAUCAAAAGAAGAAGAGACUCCUCCAUCACCUAAUUCAUUCACUGAUGAGCCCCCUUCAGAACAUGUCAUGGACUGCGACCAAUUGCUCUUCUCUGUUUUCUCUUUACUACAGAGGCUGGGAGCUGACGAAAGGCCGGAGGUUAGAAAUGCAGCUGUCAGGACACUUUUUCAAACUCUAGGGAGUCAUGGGCAAAAGCUUUCAAGAAGAAUGUGGGAAGACUGUCUCUGGAAUUACAUCUUCCCUGCUUUGGAUCGUGCAUCUCACAUGGUAGCUACUUCCUCGAAAGAUGAAUGGCAGGGCAAAGAACUAGGAACUCGGGGAGGGAAAGCUGUUCAUAUGUUGAUUCAUCACAGUCGGAACACUGCUCAAAAGCAGUGGGAUGAAACACUUGUUCUAGUCCUCGGUGGAAUAGCACGUUUGCUACGUUCGUUCUUUCCAUUUCUCAGUGGCCUGAAAAACUUUUGGGCAGGGUGGGAGUCGUUGAUUUUGUUUGUAAAGAAUAGCACUUUAAGUAGCAGCAAAGAGGUUGCCAUUGCUGCAAUAAAUUGUCUUCAGACAACUGUUAUUUCUCAUGCUCACAAGGGAAAUCUGCCAAUGUCUUACCUUGUCUCGAUACUUGAAGUUUACGAGUAUGUUAUGCAAAGACCAUUAAGCUACGGUGGUAAUGCAACUAGCAAGGUGAAGCAGGAGAUCAUACAUGGUCUGGGAGAACUGUAUGUGCAGGCACAUAAGAUGUUUGAUGAUCACAUGUUCUCUCAGGUGCUUGAUAUCAUAAAGUUGGCUGUUAAGCAAGCACUGAUGACCAAUGAAAACUUUGAAGCUGAAUUUGGGCACAUUCCACCUGUGAUGCGUACUGUCCUGGAAGUCUUACCUUUGCUACGUCCAAGUGAGCAAAUCUCUGGAAUGUGGCUAAUCUUGCUAAGGGAGAUUUUCAAAUACCUUCCUAAGUCCGAUCUUUUACAUGAUGAGGAUGAGGUAGCUAAACAAGCGAGCUUAGGAGAAAAUACUGCAGACAACCUAAUGAAGAGAAAGAAUGAAACCCCGAGUGGAGCUAGUUCUGGCCUCUCAAAACAAGUUGAAUCUCCACCCCAGAGCUCCGGACCAGCUGCGGCUGUCAUUUCAAAUUAUUCUUUUGCAGAGAAGCUAGUCCCUGUGCUAGUUGAACUCUUGCUUCAAGCUCCGACUGUUGAGAAGUAUAUCAUUUUCCCGGAAAUAAUUCAAAGCCUUGGAAGAUGCAUGACGACAAGAAGAGAUAAUCCAGACGGUUCACUCUGGCGGGCUGCUGUUGAAGGCUUCAAUCGCAUCCUCAUCGAUGACGUCUGCAAAGACGGUGAGCCUGAUUCAGAAGUUAGCCGGCCUGCCAGACUACGUGUGUGGAAGGAAGUUGCCGACGUGUAUGAAAUAUUCCUGUUGGGUUACUGUGGGCGUGCCAUUCCCACCACCUCUGUCUCACCCAUAGCACUUGAAGCAGACGAGGCGCUCGAGAUGGCCUUCUUGAAAGUUCUAGGCGACAAGAUUCUUAAAUUGCAGACUGAUGCCCCUGUCGAUAUUCUACAACGACUAGUUUCCACGAUGGAUGGCUGUGCAUCACGAACGUGCUCUUUGCCGGUUGAGACAGUCGAGCUUAUGCCGCCCCACUGUAGCAGAUUUUCCAUGCAUUGCUUGCAGAAGGUAUUUGCAUUGAGCAGUUGUGACAAUGAAAUGACGAGUUGGAACUCUACGAGAUCUGAAGUGAGCAAAAUUGCGAUCACACUCCUUCUAAGCCGAUGCCACUACAUAUUCAACAGAUUUCUAGUUGAUGAAAAACACUUGGGUGAUCGUCCGCUGCCAAGAACUAGGCUGGAAGAGAUCAAGUACGUGCUUCAAGAGCUUGCAUGUCUCGAAAUCCAUCCCGAAACAGCAACUGUCCUUCCUUUACAUCCUUAUUUGAGAGAUGGCUUGGCGGACAAGGAAGAACAGAAGAGGCGUCCACAUUUGCUCGUUCUGUUCCCAUCAUUGUGUGAGCUCAUAAUGACACGGGAAGCUAAAGUGCGAGACUGUGUUCAAGUUCUGCUGAGACUCGUGUCCAAAGAACUUGGGCUUGAAAAGGAGGAUCAGCGGUCAACUCAUAUCUGAAGAAGAGAUUCUUGGAGCAUUAUCUUUCUCUGUAUCUAUAUGCAAAACAACGGGAGGACCAGGUUUUCGCGAUCCUGAAAAUUUCAUUUCGGUGUCUGUUGUACUUUUUAUUGUUUUGGUUACCAUUUUUCCUACUUGUAGACAGAGAGCAGAGCGAGCUUCGACCGAUUGGUAGGGUUCUAUUUACGUAUAGCAAUAGCUUAGGCAAGAACUGUACCCGAUUGAGGUUUCCGUUUUUCUUCUUAUCUGGUGUUUGCAAUACUGCUGCUUCCGUUGAUUCAAUUAUAGGCUCGUCCUAGGGUAGGCUGGAUAACCAUUAGCUAUGCAUUUAUUUAUAAUUAAAUUUGGUUCUUUGGUUUUGAGUGGGAUAAGAUCUAAGAGUUGAGAUUAAAAGAUUUUUAAUCUUUUUUUCACUUUU